AUGAAGAGUUACGCAGGGCACCCAAAGGCCUAUGGCGGGGACUUCAUCCAGGCCCGGAUCCUCUCUCCAAAGCUCAAUGCAAGUGCUUCGGGAGACGUCACCGACUUCCUCAACGGCUCCUACCGCGUGCGUUUCCGCUUGUUUUGGCCUGGAGAGGUGCAGGUCUCCGUGCGCCUGAUCCACUCCUCCGAGACAGUCAAACUCCUCCAGAGAAACUGGACACAGGAGUACCAUAAGACCGAACACACAGGAACCUUCAUCAGCGGGGAGAAAAACGAGACGUCUCUUUGCGCCUUUCGACUGAGCUCAGACAGACCCCUGUGUGAGUACAGGAAGAAGGAGGAUGGGGAAUACUACGCCUGCUACCGGCCGAAGACCCUUCCCUGCGACACCCUGGCCCUCACAUCAGUUCUCUUCCCUCCUGAGUAUCCUCAACUGACCAAUGAGGAAGCUCAGCUGUUGGACCAAUGGUCUUCUUCCUUCUGCCAGACAGGUCCCUUCCUCAGCGAAGAUGCCGUUACCAGAUGUUUAAAGGGAAAGACCCUCUACCUGUUGGGUGACUCCACUGCACGCCAGUGGAUGGAGUAUUUGGAACAAAAGCUAAAAGCCCUGGACAGCAUAGCAGCAGUUGGUGGCGGGCAGGAGGACGUGAUCGUGGUCAUUGGAACUGGUCAGCAUUUCCGGCCCUCCCCCCCAGAAGUCUUUAUCCGAAGGCUCCUAAAUAUCCGCCGGGCGAUCCUGAGGUUACAAGCCCGCUGCCCCCAGGCACAAGUUUUCAUAAAGCUGGAGAACAACAGGAACCACUACAGGUUAAUGCGAUUCAGUAACUGGUAUGGCUACAUGCAAAACCUGGCCCAGAGGAAGGUGUUUGAGGACAUGAAGGUGGCAGUGGUUGACCCCUGGGAUAUGACUGUGGCCACCUACAGUCUGAAGGUCCAUCCAGAUGAUUUCAUCAUUUCUAAUCAGAUUGCUGUGGCCCUGUCGUUCUUCUGCCAUUAG